UGGCGUACGCCAUCAGGCCGCGCCGCGCCGCACCGCCGGCGGUAUUCCGUCCCGCCCGCACAGCGGCGGGGUGCCCUGUCACCGCCUGCUCUGGGCAUGGCUAGGGCUCUUGGACUGUGAGUUGGCGACCAAAGCCCCUGCGCGGCCCUGAUCCUGAUGGCGGCGGCGGCGGCGGCCCUGGCAGCGGCCGAGCCACCUCCUGCGAUGCCGCAGGCAGCAGGAACCGGAGGACCCGCCGCUCGCCGAGACUUCUACUGGUUGCGUUCCUUCCUGGCUGGAGGUAUUGCCGGGUGCUGUGCCAAAACAACAGUUGCUCCUUUGGAUCGAGUAAAGGUUUUAUUACAAGCUCACAAUCACCAUUACAAACAUUUGGGAGUAUUUUCCACAUUGCGUGCUGUUCCCCAAAAGGAGGGAUACCUCGGAUUGUAUAAAGGGAAUGGUGCAAUGAUGAUCCGAAUUUUUCCCUAUGGUGCAAUCCAGUUUAUGGCAUUUGAGCAUUAUAAAACGUUAAUUACUACGAAGCUGGGAGUUUCUGGUCAUGUGCACAGAUUAAUGGCUGGAUCCCUGGCAGGUAUGACAGCAGUUAUCUGCACUUACCCUCUUGACAUGGUUAGAGUACGCCUAGCAUUCCAGGUUAAAGGGGAACACACUUAUACAGGAAUUAUUCAUGCCUUCAAAACAAUUUAUGCAAAGGAAGGUGGUUUCCUUGGAUUUUACAGAGGCCUGAUGCCUACGAUAUUAGGAAUGGCUCCAUAUGCAGGUGUUUCAUUUUUUACUUUUGGUACCUUAAAGAGUGUUGGGCUUUCCCAUGCUCCUACCCUUCUUGGCAGACCUUCAUCAGACAAUCCUAAUGUCUUAGUUUUGAAAACUCACAUAAACUUAAUUUGUGGUGGUGUUGCUGGAGCAAUAGCACAGACAAUAUCCUACCCAUUUGAUGUAACACGCCGGCGAAUGCAAUUAGGAACUGUUCUUCCAGAAUUUGAAAAGUGCCUUACCAUGCGGGAGACUAUGAAGUAUGUCUAUGGACACCAUGGAAUUCGAAAAGGAUUAUAUCGUGGUUUAUCUCUUAAUUACAUUCGUUGUGUUCCUUCUCAAGCAGUGGCUUUUACAACAUAUGAACUUAUGAAACAGUUUUUUCACCUCAAUUAAAAAAAAAUAUCGUGAUGAGAGGUCCCUGGCGGCCUAGUGAUUAAGGAUCCGGUGUUGCCACUGCUGUGGUUCUGGUCACUGCUGUGAUGUAGGUUUGAUCCCUGGCCCAGGAAUUUCUGCAUGCUGUGGGCACAGCCAAAAAGUUGCAGUUCUUUUCCUUAGUAAACUCUCAGAGGGAGAGAUUAAAUGCUAAUUUAAUUGGGGAGGGGGAAGCAUUACUUGAAAGGGUAUAUUUAACCCUGUCACAGGAACCACUGGUAUUUUAGUACUUGAUUUUUUUAUUCAUUCCAAAUGAAAAAUGCUUGCUAUACUUUUUGAUGCCAAAAGUUAUAUCUUGGAACACUGCAAAAAAAAUCCAAAGCUGAUGCUGGCUAAUCAGUAAGGUUAUUUGAAACCAUUUUAAAGUGUUAACUUGGAAAUAGAACUAACUUAAAAUGGGAUUCAAGAGAUUGCCAUUAGUUUUAUCAUGCUAUUCUAAGCUUUUAAUUAUAAUCAUGAUUUUCAAAGACUCUAACAUACGUUAUUAUUAUCGACAGUCUUGGUUAUAUUUUAGCAAAAUGAUGAGAACUGAAAUUUUAAGUUAUAUUAAAACAUAGCUUAGGAACCAACAUUGAAGUAUUAUUCCCAAUAUCUCUCUUCUCAUACGUCUGCUCCACUGGAUUAAAGGACAAAUACUUUUUCUCUUCAUUUUUAAUAAAUUAAAUGUUAUAUUUGAAAAGUAGCCAUGUAAAGAUGCAUCAGUAAGUCAAGAAUUUUCAGGUAUUGCUCAAAUGUUAUUACUAGUUUCUAUGAGUGAUUUAAAUGUAUUUUUUAAAGUCAGUGUAUUCCUAAAGGCAGUAAUAAGAAAUACCGAAUAUCUUUGCUCUGAAAACAGAUAAGCGUUAUAGAUUUGUUUUUGUUAGAUGAUUUGGUGUAUACUAGAAAAUUUAUUUAAAUGGACUGUGAAAUAUCCAUUAAUAUAGAUGUGGACGUCAAAGAAUGUUUCCAAGGUGUUAUGUUAUGACAUAUCAACUAGUUCUUCCAUGUAAGAUAAUUUUAGUGCAAUACAAACUUAAGUAGAAAAGUAAAACAUGAUCUGAAUUGCUAUCCUUUGUAUUAAAAUGGUUUAAAAAAGUGUAAGAAUUCUAUUCAUUGUGUUUAGAGUACUUUUUAUGUUUUAUAAUAAGCAUGACAAAAAUGGGAGGGGAACAGUUAUAGUUCUAUCCACAGAAAUAGCAAUUUGUAGAAUUGAUAGAAUUUUUAAGACAUUAGAAAACAAGUUGAGUGUUCUUUUUGCUUCAAUUUUUAUUUUUUUCAUAAAAGAUUUUUGUCAUAUAUUGGUAAAAAUUAUAUGAACUGGUUUCAUUGUCAAAAUCUUUAUUUUAAAAUAAAUAUGUAUCUUUGUAUGAUUUAUAAGUGUAUCCACAGGUAAAAAUACAUGUGUUCCUAAAACUAUUUUGUAUAUUUUAAUUUCUGGGCUACACUGUACCUGAAUACUGUUAUCAAAUCUCAAAAUAAUUUAAAUGUAUAAAAUAAGUAUCUCAGUUAUGUUAUUAAUAAAUGAGGACUACAAAUAUUUUUUAAAUAAAAAUUUGCAUUCUAUGUCUGUUACAAAAUACAUAGGAUCUUAAAAAUAAAAUUUAUUCAUGUUUCAACAA